GUUCAGAAUAAAAAACUGUUUAAUUAAAUUUAAAUCAAAAUCUCCUUCGGUUUUGAUUGACCCAAACUUUAAACAAUCGUUGCCAAGCAGCCUGUUUUAAAGUCUUAACUCUGCAACACAAAAGCUCACAUUUUCCGGCUCACUCUCCACUUUUCCUUCAAAAAUGUCUCUCCUCGCAUCCAUCUUCGUCCUCCUCUCCGUCUCCGUACUCCUCAAAGCCCUCCACGCUCUCCUCUGGCUUCCGCAACAGAUCCAGCUUCACUUCCGGCGCCAGGGAAUCUCUGGUCCGAAGCGGCGCCGCACUGCGCCCAGUGGUCAGCGCUGUACGGCCGCAAAUUCCUCUACUGGUUUGGCACUCAGCCGCGUCUAGCCAUCGGCGAUCCGACGGUCGUCAGGGCUGCGAUGACCGAUACGAGCGGCACGAUCGAUAAGCCAGCGUUUGUCGCUGGGAGCCGGGAACUAUUCGGCGAGGGAUUGGUUGGGCUCACCGGGGAGAAGUGGGCGAGGCAUCGCAGAAUAGUUGGACCUGCUUUCAGCUUGGAGAGAGUCAAGUCUUGGAUACCUGAAAUUUCCAUAAGAGCUGCAAACAUGCUAAACAAAUGGGAGACACGAGGCGGCGAAAAUUCUCAGUUUGAAAUCGAUGUUCACAAGGAAUGCCACAAUUUUUCAGCAGAUGUAAUUUCUUGUGUUGCAUUUGGCAGCAACUAUGAGGAGGGAAAGAGAAUUUUCGAACUGCAAGAAGAACUGCUGCCUCUUGUUUCACUUGCUUUGAGAAGCGUGUACAUCCCAGGUUUCAGGUUUGUACCAACAGCUAUGAAUCGUAAAAGGUGGCGAUUGAACAAGGAAAUUCAGGAUUCAUUGCAGAGAUUGAUUGAGAACAAUGCAGAGAAAUGUGAAGAUACUAAAAACUUAC